AUGGGUAACACACUACACCCUGAUGAAGAUGACCCGAAUGCAGCUUCAUUUGAAGCUGCAUCAGAAGUAGCUGCUGCAGCUGCUGAGACACUUCUGGCCUUGCAAAACACUUAUGCUGAUGGGUUCUUGAAUACAUCUAACCAAGCAGCUGCGAAAGUACUGGCUGCAGAGAGAAAAGCUCAACAACUUGAGCAAGAACUGCAAGUUACAAAAGAUAAAUCGGCUCAAAUGAUGAGUAGGCUGAAUAAAAUGUUGGAUGAUAAGGUUUUUUUGGGAGCUUCUUCUGUUAACAAUGGGAACAAUAUGAGUAGGAAUGUUGCAUUAGUUAUUCAAGAUUCUUUUGCCUUUUGUAUUAGUGAAGCCAAUAUGGCAUCUCGGAAUCAACACGAGAGGAUUGAAGAACUCGAAGCACAGGUUAGGGAAGCGGAGGAUAUAGUGAGGCAGCUCAGAGAAGAGCUGAGAUGUGUGCGAGAUCAGCAUAAGAGGGUGAGUACGAAGGACCUGCAACACGCUGGCAAACAGCUGGAUGAUAAGGCUCCUCCAGAAGAAGCAAUGGUGUAUAAUAGACAGUUGCAGUCUGUUCUGUGCAAUCCCUUAGAAUCAGCGACAGAUUCUCUGGUAGGUUCUGACAAGGAAAAUUUAUAUCCACAUCACAGGACCCCAUUCGGUAAGUGCACCAGCGAAGCAAUUCAGAUGUGGAGUUUGUAUGGCCCCAUGCCUGAAUUACCUUCCAUACUACAGAGAAGCAAGGAGCACAGAUUAUACAAAAGUAGGUGCGCACACUGCAUUGAAGCGAAGAUGCCAACCAAGCAUACACAAGCACUGUGCAAAGACGAUUGUAUUUGCUGUCUCUAUGAAAUUCAUACUACUGACUUGAUACUAAAAGCUGCUAAAAGUGCUACCAACACCAUGUACAAGAAGAAAAAACCCGCCUCAAGCAAGAAGAUUCCCGAAAGAUUGUUCCAAAAGGUACAUGAGAGUCGUGGUGUACCUGAUGAAUCAGAGUCUGCUACUAAAUCAGUAGGAAGAAGGGCUAAGCCUAUUGAAGGUCCUAUUUUACCAAAAGGUCCUUCUAGGGAAUGUUCUAAGAUUCAAGUAUGCACACAAAACGUCAUCAAGGUUAGCCAGCCUACUCCGCCACCUGAUCUCAACAGUAAUGGGACAAGUGCUCAAGCUUCUUCUCUGCAACAUUUCAGAUACACAUACCAAAGGAAGCGGAAGAGAGAAACUCGAGACAUAAUUUCUGAUGGAAAUCUCUGCUGA